ACCGGAAGGGGCGGCUACAAGGCCCCCGAAGGGCGGGGCGGGGCGGCCCUCCAGAAAUUGGCGGUUUACUGGGUGCGGUUGCCUUAGUGUCCAGAAUAGCUUGAGUCUGUGGCGAGCGGCCCGCCUGCACUGGGUCGGUGCUACUAUUUUAGCAGGAGUGGGACCCCUGAGGCCUCAGGAACAGGCUUUCUCUGGCCCGGGACUUCUCGGCGUUCAGCGGUUCCCCCCGUAACCGGAUACCGGUUGUUUGGACUCUGCCUCUGGCUCAGGAGUCACAGAUGCCAGGAAGUAUGGCCCCCCUCAAGAAGCCUCGAAAUACCGCCAGGGUGCCUCUGGCCUUAAACCCCCUGAAGAGCAAGGACGUGUUGGCCGUGCUGGCUGAGAGGAACCAGGCUAUAAUGCCAGUUGGGGCAUGGGUGGAACCUGCCUUGCCAGAUAGCUCGGAAGUCCCAGCAUAUACUUCAGCAUAUAUGAUUGAAGAAGAACUAAAGGAACAGCUAAGAAAAAAACAAGAAGCUCUGAAGCGUUUUCAGAGACAAGUCAAACGCCGAGUAAAUCAGCAAAUCAGGCUGAGAAAAAAGCAGCAGUUUCAGAGAUCUUAUGAAGCAGCAGAAAAAGAAGGCUCUGUAGCCAUGCAGUCUUCAGAUCCAGCACAUUUAACUCCUAAAAGAACAAGUGUUUUUCCAGACAACUUGAAUGCUGCUAUUGGAAGUUCUGGGUUACCUCCUUCCCAGAUGCUUGGGGAUGGAAUGGAUGAUAGAGAAAAUCAGAAUGAAUUAUUCCAACAACAAGCCCAGGCUCUUAGUCAAACCAUGAAACAGGCCCGUCACCGGCUGGCAUCCUUUAAGACUGUGAAUAAAAAAAAUGUGUCAGUGUUUCCAGACAGUAGAAGGAAAACCUCUCCCCCACAAGAGAAAGCACUUUGUAGGAAACCAUCAUCCCUCAAGAUAAAUACAGGAACAAGAAGACAGUUGACCUUUCAGGAAACUGACUCUGAGGAAUCUUCAUCUAUUACGACAGAUAAGGAGACAGAGAAUUUGUUUUGGGAAGACCAGCAUUCUCUCCUUUCUGAAGACAGGGGCAAACCUUUCAGCAGAGUUCAGAAAGUACAGUUCAAAAAUCCAUUAUUUGCCGUGAUGAAAGAGGAAGAACAAAAGCAAUUAGAUCUUCAGGGCCUUCAGAAUAUUCUGCCAGAAGCCCAGGAUUAUCUUCCAGAAGGCCAAGGUGAUCUGCUGGAAGCUGAGGAUGAUUUGACAGGAGUCCAGAGUGUUGAGCUAGAAGCUGAGAGUGUUGAACCAGAAGCCAAGAGUGUUGAGCCAAAGCUCAGUAUCCCAGCUAUUGAGCUGGAAAGCCAAGCUGUUGAGCCCAAAGUGCAGCCCAUUGAGCCUAAAGCCCAGGCUGUUAAGAUAAAAACUCAGGGUAUUAUGCCAGAAGCCCAGAAUAUUGAACUAGAAGAUGAGAGUAUUGUGUCUGAAGUCCAGGAUUUGCUACCCAAAGAACAGUGUGUUCUUCCCAAAGACCAGAAUAUUCUACCCAGAUGUCAGGACCAGGACUUUCUACUUAAAGACCAGGAUUUUCUACCGAAAGACCAGAAUAUUCUACCCGAAUGCCAGGACCAGCAUUUUCCACCCAAAGACCAUCAUGUGCUCCCCGAAGACCAGAAUAGUCAAUCUAAAUUUCAGGACCAGGAUUUUCUACUAAAAGACCAGCAUCAGCAUUUUCUACCCAGAGAGCAGGAAACUGGUUUGAAGCAGCCAGCAUCAAUUUUGAUAGGCCCAAGAGGGAGAGAGGCGUUUCCUCUGAGUGUCCCUCAGGAUCUUCCGCCCAGGCAUCAAGAUCAGACUUCCACCAGGGACAAGAAAGUACGCUUCAAGGAGUCAUAUUUUGAUGUGUCAAGUGAAAAAGGAAGAGAAGACUAUUCUCUGGCAGGUUAUCAGUAUCUGCCUCCUAAACUACAGGACCAGACCUUCAUGAGAGAUCAGAGCAAGUAUAUCAAGCAACCCUCAUCUUAUGAGAAAUGGGAGAUUGAAAGAAGAAUUCCUUCUGGAGUGCCAUCAAGCUUAUACUUCAGAAGGCAGCCAUCUGUUGGGACAGCUGAAAGAUGGCAAGAGGAUUUGCUUCUGGAUGACCAUCAGCAUCUGCCAGCCAAGCACCAGAGAGAGGCUUCCAGCAAAAGACAGGUUUAUGAUGAAUAUCAAUCAAGAUCAAACACUGAAUUCCAAAUUCCACUGACACUCCAGUCUGGAGUAGAUCAGGAAGAAGACAAGAGAGAGCGUCAAAAGCAAUACCUGAGAUACAGACGACUUUUCAUGGAUAUUGAAAGGGAACAAGUAAAAGAACAACAAAGGCAAAAAGAACAUCAGAAGAAAGUUGAAAAAAUUAAAAAAAAGAAAGAGCAGCAACGUUAUGCCGAAGAGCAGAGGAUACUAAGAAUGAACUUUCAUGAAGAGCUGUAUUCAGGGGAGAAGAUGAGUGACAUAUUAGCCCAGCUGAAACUUGAGGAACUAAAAGGAGUCAGAGAAAAACAACAACAGAGAGAAAAGGAAUCCCAAAGAUAUGUAGAAGCUCUGCGAGCCCAGAUCCAGGAGAAAAUGCGGCUGUAUAAUAUUACUCUACCUCCACUAUGCUGCUGUGGUCCUGAUUUUUGGGAUGCUCAUCCUGAUACCUGCGCCAACAAUUGUAUUUUCUAUAAAAACCAUAGAGCGUAUACCCGGGCACUACAUUCGGUCAUCAAUUCCUGUGAUAUCCCUGAGGGGACCUCAACUGUUCGAGUCGCCAUGCAUAAUUUGGCUUCUGUGCACAGACGGACUUUGAAAAAUCUGUAAUGAGAAUCUGAAUCCAAUUGUUAGUAUUUCAAUCUUCACUUAAAGUCAAACCUGAGAGAUUAUUUAGGAAAAGCUGUUAAAAUGUAUUAAGAUGUGUAAUCUGGAAAGAAGGACUGUCUCAACAAGACAACCAUCUCUAUAAUUAGAUCAUAAACAUUGUUUCAGCCUCUGCCAGGGACUGAAAUUGAAAGUCGACCUCCAAACUGGUGUUUUUGCUGUGAACUGUAUAGAGUCAAUUGUUUUAAAAAUGAUCACUCAGACCAGUAAGGUUUUUUUUUACUUAGCUCUGCUCUGAUCAGAAGAGAUCAUGAGAAAUCUUUGAGAUUAUCUCAUUUAUGGUCUUUCUUAAAGUGUAUCUUUGAAUCUUGACAAGAUUGAAAAUGUCUAGAUAAAGCUGAAAAGAAGAUGAUGAGAUGAGUUUCUAAGUAUCAGUGGCCAUCUGUAUUGCCGAUAGCGUUACUUGUUGUGUAUAACAAUUAGAGGUGAGAAGAAUCUGAAUUUGAUGCAUAUUUUUUUUCUCAAGAUUUUUCUCUCCUGGUUUUUUAACUUAUUACCUCUUUCCCCAUUCAAUGACAUUGGACUUAGGACUUUAUAAUUUUAUAAUUUUGUAUUGCAAAAAUAAGGUGAAUAAACCCUCUGUCUUUUGAGCAUCUUGUAGGUGAAAUCAUUGUGAGUGACUUUUCAAAAAGUAAACCUGAAGUCAAAGUGAGUAAUCAAGUCCUGCCUUAUUUAUCCCUGUCUUUUAAGAAUCUGGUGAAUGGCAUAGCUACAAAACAGAUGAAAUAAAAAUUUCUGUAGUUAGUA